AAUGAACGAAAAAUGGUUCUCCUUCUCACAUUCUCGCUCGCAAUGCCAUAAUCUCAUUAACAUGUACAAAUCGUAAUGUUGAUAUAAGAUCGAUGAAACCUUGAUCGCUUCUUCUUUCUCUUCAAAUCCAUUUUCAGUACACAAACAUGGACGAAGAUUUGCUCAAGCGUAACACCGAUUGCGUUUAUUUCUUAGCUUCACCCCUCACUUGCAAGAAGGGGGCUGAGUGUGAGUAUAGGCAUCAUGAGAUUGCGAGGCUUAACCCGAGGGAUUGCUGGUUUUGGUUAGCGGGAAAUUGUCUUAAUCCAACUUGUGCUUUUAGACACCCUCCAUUGGAUGGGCACACUGGAGUGCCAUCUGAACCUUUGCAAUCUUCAGUACCUGCAAACAAGACAACGGUUCCUUGUUUUUAUUUCUUCAAUGGGUUUUGCAACAAAGGCAACAGAUGCUCAUUUUUGCAUGGGCCUAGUGAUAGCUUGCUCACUGUAAAGCCUUUGAAGAAUGACAAUGGAAGCAGUAAGGCACUCAACUCAGAAAAUAAAACUUCAUCGGGAAAUAUAACAUGUGUAGCGUCAGCACCAAGUGAAACACAUUUUGACCGAUCUUUAUCUGUUCCAAAAGCUUUGUCUGAUUUUAAACUUCAGCCAAAGGAAGUUCUUCAGGUACCAUUACCUGAAAAUGUUAAACAGAAAGGUGAUUGCUUGGAAUUAUCUGCCUCUGACUACAAAGAAACUGCUAUGACUCGGUCAAACUCUCUGUUACCAGAUGAUGGCGUUGCUCAUAACAUGUCUCAUUUAAGCACUGAGCAGAGUUCAGAUGAGCAAAUAAAUAGUCAUGUAGAGCCUGAGGAGCGGUGGGAAUCAUCCCCUGGAUUUGAUGUUCUUGUUCAUGAUGAAUCUGGGAACUUGGGUUAUGAGGAUGAUUCUGAAUAUUUACCAGUGCUUGAUAUGAAUGAACAGGAACUGAAUGAGCAAUACUCGGGGUAUGAAUUUAAAGAUACAGUUGAGUAUGAUACUCUGUGCUCAGACACUGAUAUUCUAUAUGAACAGGGAACAUGUGAUGAUUACAGAUGUUUCGAUAGUGAUUUUACUAAUGCUAAUGGAAGAAAAGUUUGUGGUUAUUCCAGAGAGAUGGUUGUAGAUUCUAUAUUUUCCAGGAAAAGGAUACGGAUGUCAGCCGCUGAGAUGUCUGAUUGCGACUCUGACUUAGAUCUACGCGACCAUCUGAGGAGACGAAGGGAGGGCAAUGUUCCUCCUGUCACAGGCUUCUUAAGAAGACAUGACUUGCCUUCUUUGAUGGUUCGAAACUCAGUAAGGCAUCAAAGACAAGGCACUGGUCAGCGGCAAAAUAGAAGAUUAACAUCACAAUUAGAAUUUAGUUCGAUGAGAGAGGUUGAAACUCUAUCAAUUGCCAACAAGGAAAGGUUUAGGCCUUUCCAGCAAAAUAGGCCAAGAAAGCAUUAUGGAGAAAAUCUAGAUAAUCGGCCAUUUCUUUCUUCUAUGGUAUCCAGGAAACCAGUUGUGAAGCAACAGAGAUUUAUUCAGGAAUCCACUACAUUUUCAGGGCCCAAGACUCUUGCAGAAAUAAAAGAAGAGAAGAAGAAGAAGAAGAAGGUUGGUGAAAGUUCGCACCGUGAAAGCAUAUCAGCUGGUUUCCAGGAUCCCAAACCUCUGAGUGAAAUUCUCAAGGACAGAAGAACCAUCGGUUGAGUGAGAGAUGGCAAAUGACUGAUGAUUUAAAAGACUAAUGUUUUUAGAGAAGAUAAUGAGGGCUGGCCUCGCUGUUAUGUUUGGUCGAAAUUGGAGGUGCUUUCUAGCAUCUUAACAUCCUUUUGUGGAUAAUGACCCUAUUAAUGUCAUAGGUAAAUGGAAAGUUAUCUUCCGUAGUUAGUUGAAUAUGUUGAUAUGGACAAUGACGACUUAAUCUAGAGUGAUUCGUUUUUUAGUCAAAAAAAUAUCUAGAGUGAUUCGUCGAUUUAUAUGAACCUUUUAUGAAUAGUCACUACUUAGUCUUGGUCAAACUAGUUGUUAGAAAUGUUAGCAAGGAGAGUUGAGCUCGAUAUCUUAUCCCCUCAAACUCUUAUCUUCAUCCUCCAAACUACUUUAUCACUUCUAAUGUGAUAGAUAUAUUUGUUGAGUGCUUCUGUGGACAUAGAUAAUAAGUGUCAAACAAAUAAUUUUGUUUCUCUA